AGUCGCUGGCGGGUGCUUGAAAAUGUGAAAUCGUGCUCAAGAAUUCGGCUGAUGGUGGCGGAGAUCAAGUGAAACUGGCAAAACAUCCGCCCCAACCGCAGUCGUGUCUGUGAUUACAGAACCCCAUGUAGAUUGUGGACAGGCAGGCAGGCGAAUAAAAUUAGAAAAAAAAUAAGCUCAAACCAAGUGUACUCGUACUGGCAGUGACUGCUGCUGAUAAACAGGGUUUAUCAAGGCAACCUGUUAGCGGAAAGGAAAACAAAGGGGAGUUACGUGCACAAUAAUCGCGUAGCUGAGCUAUCAUGAAUUCCACCAUUUCGCUGCUGCUGGUUGUCAUCUGCACCGUGGUCCUGGCCGCCCAACAGAGCCAGGCGAAAAAGGGAUGCCAGGCCUACGGCCAUGUGUGCUAUGGGGGCCACGGCAAGCGCUCCCUGAACUCCGGCACUGGGGCGGGAGCGGGCGAGUCUGCGGCUGAGCAGGAGUAUGUGCGUCCAAAUGGCCUGCUGCCCAUGCUGGCGCCAAACGAACAGGCACAGGCGCUGCCCGAGGGCGACUUUGAUGACUAUCCCGCCCGUCAGGCCCUGUACAAAAUCAUGAAGUCAUGGUUUAACCGUCCACGACGACCGGCCGCACGUCUGGGUGAACUGGACUAUCCCCUGACCAACUCCGGAGAGUUGUUCAACCGCGAUGCCCCGCUGAAUGCAUUGAACUAAGCCACUGACUGCGACACGAACUAAACUACUACAUGGCCGCACUGCACCACCAUCCGCAUAAGCAUCAGCACCAGUAACACCCAAUCCAAUGGAGUACACAGCACCCAACAUCCCAUACCCUGCACCGACAACAAAAGUAACUAACCAAACUUACUAUGAGUGUUAACUACAUACCCUAUGCAAAAAAUGUAUAGAAAUGUUCGAUAAGUGUCUACAAAUAGCGCAGAUAGCGCAAGAAAUGUUUCUGCUUUCAACUCUUAGAGCGCAUCAAAAAAUAACUGAAAUUUUUAGGGGCUGGUAAGGAUUUCAGUGCACAAAAAAAAUAUAUAUAUAUAGAGGAGAUGACAGAUGAAUAAAACCGAUCAAAUGCAA